AUAACUUACACACUUGUCUCUUAAUUAAGAACUAGCAAUAGCUCAUUAGGGCACUUAAUUUACGAGUCGUUAGUUUAAUAUAACGAAUUCUAGAGUUUGAGAUGGCUUCCAACAAAGCUAGUUCCUCCAUUGCUCUUUUUGUCACACUCAAUGUUCUCUUCUUUGCUCUUGUCUCCGGAUGUGGAAACAAAUGCAAUAGUCCUGGUUCCAAUCCAAAUCCUAACCCUAACCCUAGUCCUUCCAGUGGCGGAUCAUGCCCACGUGACGCGCUCAAACUAGGCGUGUGCGCCAACGUGCUCAACGGUUUGUUGAAUGUGACUUUGGGACAGCCACCAGUUACCCCUUGCUGCUCCCUCCUCAACGGCCUCGUUGACCUUGAAGCCGCCGCGUGCCUCUGCACCGCUCUUAGGGCAAAUAUUUUGGGCAUCAAUCUCAACCUUCCCAUCUCACUUAGCUUGCUCCUUAAUGUUUGCUCAAGGAAAGUGCCACAUGGCUUCCAAUGCAACUAAUGAAAAGCUUUGAGGGAAUGUCAUGAUAUUUAAUUUGUUACAUUUGUGAGUUUUCACUGUAUUUCUCAAUUCUAUGUUGUGCGUGUGUAAGAGUUUACUAGCAUGGAUAAUUAACUACUGGUUAUUAUCUAUUCAAUUCAUUGUGUGUUUCACUUAAAAUAAUAGCUCCAAAGCUAUUGUUGAGCUAGUGUUAUUUAUUUGAUUGAGAAAUAACAAUGAUUAUAUGUAAUUUAUUUGUUAA